CUAACAAAAGCACUGAAAGUGAGCGGGUCAGCCCGAUCGGCAACCUCCCUAACUUUAAACUUUAAAGCGCUCAAAAUCAUACACAAACGCACGCUUCCCGUCAUAUAAUUCCUGUCACCCACAUGGACAAAUCAUGACCGCUCUUUUAAGGACACAUGUUUUUCAAGGACUGGUUCCAAACUGUUUCCUGUCAGGUUCUUCUCCUCCUUUUAGGCUUUUACAUAAAUUUAUUUUUAUAUAUAACCCCAAACCAAGCCAAACGUGUUGGUAAAAAAUUUUGUGCAACCGCUCUAUUUUGUUUUUGAUACAGCUAGCAGUCAGUUCUGAAACUUUUGAGGAAAGAAAAUGUCACCGGAGAAUGGAAAACACUUGCCGGAAAAUUAUGCCACCGGCUUGAAUUUUGAGGCUACCGAGUUGACUUUAGGGUUGCCCGGAAAGCCUAGGGUGACAAUAUCGGAUGGUGGAGCUAAGUCGGGCACUAAACGUGGAUUUUUGGAAACCGUUGAUCUUAACCUUGGUGACAAAGAUUGUGGCCAGUCCCAGAUUGAUGUCCAAGAAGCUGCCAAGUCUCCUGUCUCAAAGGCACAAGUGGUGGGUUGGCCGCCGGUGAGAGGCUUUAGAAAGAAUGCAAUGAAGAGUUGUAAAUAUGUAAAAGUGGCGGUGGAUGGAGCUCCAUAUUUAAGGAAAGUUGAUCUUCAGAUGUACAGCAGUUAUCAGCUGCUAUUAAGCUCCCUUGAAGAUAUGUUCUCAUGUUUCAUCAUGAGAAAUUAUUUGAAUGAGAAGAAAAUAGUAGACCAAGUGAAUGGACUUGAGUAUGUGCCCACAUAUGAAGACAAGGAUGGAGAUUGGAUGAUGGUUGGAGAUGUACCAUGGCAAAUGUUUGUUGAAUCAUGCAAACGCCUAAGAUUAAUGAAAAGCUCUGAGGCAAUUGGAUUAGCUCCAAAUACACCUCCAAAAUGCUCAAGCACAACUUAAAGAAGCCUUUACUUAAGCAUCCAAGAAAUUAAGGAAUGAUAAAUUGAUGUACAGAGGCUUUUGCUUUGUUAAUUCACCUUUUUAACAUUGAUCCAUGGAUGGUGGGCAGAGUUUUUGAUUAGAUGUAGGGAGUCAAACGAAACAAAAAAAUAAACAAAAGAGACAUGCCUGUAAUUUUCUGUAAGUUACAUUAUUGUUCUAGUGCAAUUCAAGGUUAUCAAUUUCUUCUUUCCUCUUUGAGAUACAACAGAUGAUUUGUAACACUUGAACACAUCUUGCUAUUAUUUUUUAUUUUUUAAAUUUUGAUAAAGUGAUAAAUUCGAAUUUAAUUUUUUAAGUAAAAAGAUACACGCACUUAUUAUUAAAUCAAAAUCCGAAUGCCCGACAAUUAAAUUGAAUUGUACAAGUCAUUUAAUUAUUUAAUUUAGUUCUUGAUAUAAAAUUCUAGGAUGUUGGUGCACAAGAAAUUGAGGAAAAAAUUUAAAAAAAUUAAUGAAAAAUCCAGGAAAUAGAGGGUUACUGCAGGAGUACUUGAUAUAAAGGGUUUUCAGAACAAUUUAAAAUAUUUAUUUCAUCCAUCAUUAAUCUGGCAAUCAAAAGGGACACUGAAUUUUAUUUUAGUAUAAUUAUAAUCAAUCAGAAACUCCCAUUGUGUAUACCCCUAAAAAAGAGA